AUGGUUACUCCGGGGACUCUAAACGGCGGUGAGUGUUGUGUGCUGGAGCUGAAUAGAUCCACGGCUUCUCCACAGUCAACAGACGUCACCAACUUUAAAACCAGACCGCUGUUUGUACGCAUCAGUCUGUCUUACCCUGACGCCUCUGCGCUGCCAGCUCUGGGGACGCGCGAUCCACGCGCUCUGACAGUUCCCACGAUGAGCAGCCUCCACAGAGACCCUCUCACAGAGACCCUCUCACAGAGACCCUCUCACAGAGACCCACUCGCUGAGACUCAAAUAGAGCUGAAGAAGUCCCGGCUUGAGCUGGAUGUGUCCAAACUUUUAAACUGCUGA